UGGAAUAACAUCGCUUUUAUGCUCACUGCUGUGCGAGCAAGGGCAGGAGUUGGAAGCCGCUGCCCUGAGACGUUGAAGACUUGUUGGCAGCGGGGAAGGGAUUUUUUCCCCUCCCUCCCUGCCUGCCCGGCCUGCUGAGGGAAAACAGCUCUGACGGACAGUUUCUCGGUAGUUUUAACUGCUUUUCCAAUCCUGUCGGCCCUAGAAGCUGCUGUGGACCCCCCGGCUUCUGGACCCGGCUCUCGGGGACUCCUCCUCUGUCCUCCAAGCCCCGAGGGAUGAGUUUGCAGAAGAGAAUCUUCCCUCGAAGGGGGGCCGGCACCGGCGAAGGGGCGGCUAAGCCCAGUCCAGUCGCCGCCCGCCCGCCGAGGGCCCGAGACCAGGAGAGGAAGGCCAGCUUCACUUCCUCCCUGAGGAUGGAGCUGCACAGCCGCGCUGCGCGGAGCCGAAAAUCCACCAAAUUCCGCUCCCUCUCCCGGUCCCUGAUCCUCUGCCACGCAAAGACCAGCGACGAUGGCUCCAGCCCCGAUGAGAGGCACCCGGACCCCUUUGAGAUGUCGCUGGGCCAGGGCAAGGAAGGGAUGGUCCACUCGCCCGAGCAGCUGGCAGACACAUCCGAGGCGGGGCCGGGCCGCGUUCCGGGCCUGGGCCUGCCCUCCGGGUUCGCAGCUCUGCAGGCGGCGGGCAGUGAUGGAGGCAAGCCCUGCAGGAGGAUGUUCUUUCUGAAGGAAGCUUCUACAACUUCCUCUCGAGAAAAGUCCGGAAAACUAGAAGCACAAAGUACUAGCUUCCUGCUCCCCAGAGUCUGUCACCAAAGGACACGCAGCAACUCCACCAGCGUCAACCCCUACUGCACCGCAGAGACAGACUUCCCCGUGGCCGGGAAGACGGCCACCGCCACAGACCGGCCGCCUUACUCGCUCUGCAGCAGCCGGAAGUCUCUUUCUCAGCAGCUGGACUGUCCUGCAGGGAAGGCCGGGGGCGCCUCCAGGCCCACGCGCUCCCUGAGCACGGCCCAGCUCCUGCAGCCCUCGGGGGGCCUGCAUGCGUCCGUCAUCUCCAACGUGGUGCUGAUGAAGGGCCAGGCCAAGGGCCUGGGCUUCAGCAUCGUGGGGGGAAAGGACAGCAUUUAUGGCCCCAUCGGCAUUUAUGUCAAAACCAUCUUCGCGGAGGGCGCCGCUGCCGCCGACGGCCGGCUACAAGAAGGUGACGAAAUUCUGGAGCUCAACGGCGAAUCAAUGGCAGGACUGACCCAUCAGGACGCCUUGCAGAAGUUUAAGCAAGCCAAAAAGGGGCUGCUCACCCUCACGGUGCGGACCCGCCUGACGGCCCCCCACCCCCCGAGCAGCCACCUGUCGCCCCCGCUGUGCCGCUCCCUGAGCUCCAGCUCCUGUGCCACCAAGGACGGCAGCGCCUUCCUGCUGGGAGGCUCAGAGGCUGCUGCCAGCGCCCGCAAGCCCAGUUACAGAGUCCUGGUGGAGGUGUCCCUGACCAAAGAGGCCGGCGUGGGCCUGGGCAUCGGCCUGUGCAGUGUGCCCUACUUCCAGUGCAUCUCCGGCAUCUUCGUGCACACGCUCUCGCCGGGGUCGGUGGCGCAUCUGGACGGACGGCUGCGGUGCGGCGACGAGAUCGUGGAGAUCAACGAGUCCCCCGUGCACUGCAUGUCCCUCAACGACGCCCACGCGGUCCUGAGCCGCUGCAGCCCCGGGCCCGUGCCCAUCACCGUCAGCCGGCACCCAGACCCACAGGUGUCUGAACAGCAGCUCAAAGAUGCGGUGGCCCAGGCCGCAGAGACCCUCCGGUUUGGGAAGGAGAGACACCAGUGCAGUCUGGAAGGCGCCAAAAGGCUGGAGAGCAGCUGGCACGGGCGGCCGGCCGGGGACAAGGACAGCUCGGCACCCCUGCAGCGCAGGGCCCAGAGGGUCCUGGCCCGCUCCAGCAGUGACAGCAGCCACGUGUCCGGAUCCCCCGCGGGCAGUCCCAGCCGAGCUGGACAGCAGCAGCCCCGGGACCUGGAAGACAGCGCAGUCGGCCCCGCUGGGUCCCUGGGGCCGGAAGCCAGGCGCCCCCGACAGAGCCCGCCCCUCCCACAGACACAGGGAGACCACGCUGCCCUGGGACUGAAGAAAUCAUUUGAGAUUUUCGUCAGAAAGCCAUCGUCCUCCAAGCCCAAGCCCCCACCCAGGAAAUACUUCAAAAGUGACAGUGACCCGCAGAAGCACCUGCAGGACAGCGCGGAAGCCCCGCUCCCGGAAGCCAGUGAGCUGCUGCCACCGCUGCCACCGCAGGAAGUCACAGCAGCGGGCGGCCCCCAUGCCACUGCCUGCGGCCCGGGACCUGCUGCCGACCUGCAGGCUGCGUCCCCCACAGAGGCCGAGCCAGGGAGGAGAGGCGGCAGCCCAGGGCCUGGGCCGUCCCCAGGCGGGCACCCCGUGCUGCGGCGGCAGGCGCGGGUGGACUGCGGCCUGGACGGUGCGGCCGAGGACCCGUGGGCCCGGAUCUCCGGCUGCAUCAGGAGCCUGUUCAGCCCCAUCAUGAGUGACGGCCACACAGCGCUGCAGCCCGCCGCCUGCCUCGUGGAGGACAGGGAGCGGGGCCCCCCAGAUGGGCUCUCCCCGAAGCUGGACACCAGCACCGGCGCUCCCAAGGCUUACAAGCCAGCAGACCACAGCAUCGCGAAGAAGGGCCCUCCCGUGGCCCCCAAGCCCGCCUGGUUUCGCCAAAGCUUGAAAGAGCUGAGGCAUCUCCAUCCAGAGCCCAGGCAGCUGCCAGUGGCCCCCUCCGAGAAGCCCACACCGGCCCCCAGGGAGCGCCUGGGGCCACAGGCCCGGGCUUCCAGCUCCAUCAGGCAGAGAAUCAGCUCCUUCGAGACCUUCGGCUCCCCUCAGCUGCCCGACAGACGGGCCCCCAGACCGAGCCUGCAGCCCCCCAGCCCCUCUGCUGAGGCGGUGAGGCCUCCAGGGAGGCAGGAAGGAGGCCGGGGUCCUGGCCUCCUGGGGCGAGGGUCUCCCCCCACCGGGGAGCAGCUGCAGCCACAGCAAGAGCCACUGUCCUCUGGCUCCCCGGUGGCCUCAGAGGCCAGUGACCCGGGUGUGUUGGGGACCCCACCCCUGGGGCAGCUGUGCACCGAGUCGGCCCCCAGCUCAAACCCUCUCCUGAGCCUGCUGCCUACACAGACUGGGGGGUCACAAGGUGCCGCGGUCCGGACGCCGAGCCAUCGGGCACACAGCUUCCCACUGACCAGGACGCAGUCUUGUGAGGUGCAGCUGCCCGACGACAGGACCUGCAGGCUCUACGCCAUCAGCAGCCAGGUGUCCUCGGCCGUCAUGAAGUCCCUGCUGUGCCUGCCCUCCUCGGUCUCCUGCAGCCAGACGCCCUGCAGCCCCGAGGAAGGGGUGUCCCCAGGGUCCCCAUCCAGUCAGGACCCGGCUGCCAGCAGCACUGACACCGGGUUCUCACUCAACCUCUCGGAGCUGAGAGAGUACACGGAGGGCCUCGGCGAGCCCGCGCAGGCCGACGACGGCGCCCCUACUUCCGGCCAGUCAGUCAUCUCCCUGCUGAGCUCGGAGGAGUUAAAGCAGCUCAUCGAGGAGGUGAAGGUUCUGGACGAAGCGACCUUGAAGCAACUGGACAGCAUCCAUGUCACCGUCUUGCACAAGGAGGAGGGGGCCGGCCUUGGCUUCAGCUUGGCAGGAGGCUCCGAUCUGGAGAACAAGGUGAUAACGGUUCACAGAGUGUUCCCCAAUGGGCUGGCCUCCCAGGAGGGGACUAUCCAGAAGGGCAACGAGGUGCUUUCCAUCAACGGCAAAUCCCUCAAAGGGGCCACCCACAAUGACGCACUGGCCAUUCUCCGCCACGCCCGGGAUCCCAGGCAAGCUGUGAUCGUCACCAGGAAGCCGAUGCUGGAGGCCGGCCCCGACCUGAACUCCUCCUUGGACUCUGCAGCCUCGGCCCCUGGGGCCAGUGACACCUCCGCAGAAUCCACAGAGGCCACUGUUCACACGGUAACGCUGGAGAAGACCUCAGCAGGGCUGGGCUUCAGUCUGGAAGGAGGGAAGGGCUCCCUGCAUGGGGACAAGCCUCUCACCAUCAACCGCAUUUUCACAGGGGCAGCCUCAGGGCAGACUGAGACAGUCCAGCCAGGAGACGAGGUCUUGCAAUUGGCCGGCACCACGGUACAGGGACUCACGCGGUUCGAAGCCUGGAGCGUCAUCAAAGCGCUGCCCGAUGGGCCGGUCACGGUUCUCAUCAGGAGGAGGAGCCCACAGCCCGGGAGCGCCCCGGCUACCGGAGAGCCCUAGGCAGAGUGCGGACAGCAGAGCCAGCAGCACGCAAAUCUCAGGGUCACUGCUCACCCCCGUCCAGGGCUGCUGCCUAAGGCUGGACCUCCUGGGAUCGGCCUGAGGGCUGUCCUUACAGUGAGGGCCAGUCGCAGUGGGGUGGCCGAUGCAAACUAUGUACAGACAGCUCAGUGCGAACACAGAGGUGCUUUAAAUAAAGUGAAUGUAUUGAGAUUGGA